AUGCUUCACUUCAGUACUGUUAUCAUUUCAAAUGUGAAGCAGACAGUAGAAAUAACAGGAUACACAGGUGGUUCAGUUGUGCUGCCCUGUUCCUGUGCUGAUCCUCAGUCUACAGUUACAACAGUCACCUGGCAGUUUGAGCAGGGACUGCGAUGGAUUCAAGUAUCUGAAGAUGAGAAAUACAGCAGCAGACAUGUGCUGUUUAAUGAACAUUCUCCAACAAAUCUGUCUCUUCUCAUUUCUGACCUUAGAAUAAAUGACCAGGGCUACUAUAAAUGUCUGAUUGAACCAAAUACUUUUACAUAUGUUGACUUAAAGGUUAAAGGGUGUGAUUUGUUUGAGAACAAAAAGACAGUUGCAGCGACUGGAUAUUCAGGAGAGUCUGUGGUUCUGCCCUGCUCCUGCACUGAACUACUGGCUAAACCUGAACAGAUACAAUGGAUGUAUUUUAAAGCAGCUAAAUUUAAAGAAAUUUACCCAAAUAAACAGAUUAAGAGUUAUGAGAACAGAGUCAAACUAUUAAACCCAAGCAUUCCAGGAGACUAUCAGUGUUAUGUCUCGUCUCAUCAAGUAGUCUCCUUCACACUUACUUUACUUCAUGCUGAAGGUAGUUUUCUUCUGUUUCUGUUGUCAUGUUAA